AUGAAUUCACCUACAAGCUCAGUCAAUAGCUCUUGUAUCAGUCUUGAAAAGAAUAAAAAAGGGCCACGACAAAGCUCAUAUUUAAAAUCUCAUAAAAAUUUAUCAUUUUCUUUCGUUGAAGGUUUAGAUACUUUUCAACAAGGAUACCUUGGGGAUAAUGAUACCUUCCUUGUUGGAACAUUAAAUUUAAAUUAUCAAAAACCAUGUCAUGUUAAAAGUAUUUAUUUAAAUUUCAAAGGGACUGAAAAAACCACAUGGCAACGAUCACAAGCAAGGUCAAAAUCCAUUUAUACGGGAGAAUACCCCUUGGUCGAUCAAUCGAAUAAGAUAUGGGAAGCUUUCAACGAUACCGAAGAAAUCACAACACUUGAUAUUCCUUUCAAAAUUCAAAUUCCUUAUAACCUUCCAGAGACAAUCACAACUGAAAUUGGAACGAUUCAUUAUCAGCUUCGCGCUACAAUUAACACAAAAUCCUUGAUUGGAACGGCACAACAAUUAAUAAAAGUAAAGUGUCCUAUCAAAAGGACUAUCAUAUUGGAUAAUCAACAAUCACCGCCAUACAAAAUAUUGGGAGAAGUUCCCAAUGGUAUUGAUUACACUUUCAUCUUACCGCCAAACAAAAGUUUUAAUUUAGGCACUUAUGUAUCAAUUCCAAUGAGAAUGAAAUUUUUGCAAGCCAAUGUCGGUAUUGAAAGGAUCGAGGUUAUUCUAAGAACUUCAAUGAAUUUUCAUUCCUCGUCACAAGGAGAAUCAAAACACGUGGAUCAACAGAUCGUGGGAAUGAUAGUUCCACGUUCCGAAUUACAAUAUUAUCAAGGUGAAUGCACGUACACCAUCAAUCUAUUUGUACCAAAGAAUGUUCAACCAACAUAUCAAGGUAGAUUCAUAUCAAUAGUUCAUUUCCUUAACAUCAAAUUCUAUUUAUAUGGAUUCGACGAGAGUUAUGAUGUUGAAGAAAACGUUAGAAUAGCUCACAUACUUGAAAAUCAUCCCAUCAAUUCUUCAUCGCAUGUACCAAUCUCACCUCAAGCCACAACAUCAAUUCCACCAGAACAUAUAUCAACUCCAUCCCCAAUACAUCAUACGCAUUCACAAUAUUCCAAACUUUCCCAACAAAGUUUCGAUCAAGUGAAUCGUGGUUUCGAAACUUUUAAUAAUAAUCCUUUGCAGAUAUCAUUGAAUCAUCCCAGGAAUUUAUUUGAUAAACCUUUUGAUGGUUAUAAUGCUAUACCACAAUCAUUAAAUUUUAACCUUUCCCCAUAUGACAUCCAGAGACUUGACAAGGGACUCUAUCGACCAGAUCAUCCUUCUAUGUCAUCUGGAACUUCAGUCUCGUCAUAUGCUUCAUAUGAUACAACUAAUUCAUCAAUAAGUGGUGAAAUAACGAAUGAUCAAACUAUUUAUCCAACUCAAUUGUCUCCGCCACCUUAUCGACAACCAUUAAAUGAUCCAAAAUAA